CAAAUUGCAAGUUGAACCAACCCAGUCCGGCCACCUGUUCAGCUCUACAUCACACACGUCGCCUUGACAUGUGCCGUUCAUAAAUUCACGGCCCACCUGCCAUUCUCUUAGAGAUAAGCCAUCUCGAAACAUUAUGUCAUAAGCAGAUUCCGAGCACAUUCAUUCCUUGCCUGCAACUCUUUCCUUCACCCCAAAGAUGGGCUGCGUUUCCUCGAAACAUGUCGAGCCAAUGGACGUUUACCGUCCAACAGGCGCAAGCCUAGCCCUGUUUAACCUUGAGUCCAUAGAAGAGCCAUGGCUGAAGCAACAGCAGCAGCAGCAACAUCUGCAACCAAAAUCAGGCAAGGGAAUGGAAGUGCCGAAGCCUCUAUUAGAAAAGCUCAACACCUUUGAACUCGCACCCGAUGCUCCUCACUCAUGGUCAGAGGUGAGUAAAGCACUAGAAGACCUGAAGCCUACACUUGACCAAAAGCCUAAAGCCCAACCCGGCCCGGAAACCGAGAAACGUCCUGGAGAGUCCCCGGCAGAAGAGAAGACGCAGCCGAUCAGCAAGAAGCAGUCCUUCCACACACUCGAGGAGCUGGAUGCUAAGCUCACACAGAAGCCUGAGCCUAAACCUCCACAACCCACAAGCCAAAAUGCCGUCUCUUCGGCGGCGAAGCCAAUCCUGGACUCCACCCAAGCCGGCAAGCUUAAGGACAACUACUUUAUCGUUAUGGACCGGCUACAAAGGAACAAGGACGAUAACUCGAUGCCAAGAUUCCCCCGCCGAAAGAGGGACCCUCUGGAGGGUCUGCCGGAGAAGUGCCCUCCGACCGGUGCCGACAAAGUCGUCUUGUACACGACAACACUUCGGGGCGUCCGGCGGACUUUUGAGGACUGCAAGCGAGCCAAGUCGGUGAUGGAGGGGUACCGGGUGACGGUGGACGAGCGAGACGUAUCGCUUCACCAGGACUAUCUAACGGAGUUGAGGGAACUGCUAGGCGAGGGAGUCUUCGUGCCGAGGCUGUUCAUCAAAGGGAGGUACGUUGGUGGCGUGGAGGAGAUGGUAGACCUCAACGAAAGGGGGAAACUUGGGGAGAUGCUGGACACCGUCGGCCCAAAGGGUGAGAAUUCCGGCGAGGCUUGUGAGGCCUGCGGAGACUUGAGGUUCAUUCCUUGUUUGGAUUGCAGUGGGAGUUGCAAGGUCGUGGACGAGAAGGAGGUGUUUGUAAGGUGCACACGGUGCAACGAGAACGGGCUGAUUAUGUGCCCCGUGUGCCAUUAGAUGAUGGGGAUAGACGGAUAGUAAGUCAUUACAAUAUCAAUAUGUUUUCUGGUGUGGAUUGUUUGGUGCUCAAUGGGUUACUUCAUUUGUGGAUGCGUCCUAUAUGUAUUUCCCCAUCUCUUUUUGGAGCAUUAGAUCGUGAUUGCAAUCCAUGUUGGCUUCUUCAUAUAAUGUUACAUUAGAUGCCCGGUAUGUGUAUCA